GGCCCGGCCGAUGGCCGCCGCCCGCCGCUCCCGUGCCGACCGAUGUAUUUGAAGAGGCCGGCGGGCGGGCUCGCCUUCUGCCUCUUCUACCUGGCCUCCAGCUUCACCAACAAGUAUGUCCUGUCUGUCCUGCAAUUUACCUACCCUACCCUUUUUCAAGGGUGGCAAACAUUGGUGGGUGGACUUCUGCUUCACAUCUCCUGGAAGCUGGGCUGGGUGGAGAUAAACUUGUGUUCAAGGUCUGAAAUCCUGUCAUGGCUUCCUGCAUCAGUACUUUUUGUGGGCAUUAUUUAUGCUGGCUCCAGGGCACUGUCUAGAUUGCCAAUCCCGGUGUUUGUCACUCUGCACAAUGCGGCAGAAGUCAUAACCUGUGGGUUCCAGAAGUUUGUGCAGAAAGAGCAGACCUCUCAUCUGAAAGUCUGUAGUGUGCUGUUCCUCCUGGCAGCAGCAGUGUGCCUUCCUUUGUGUGACACACAGUUUGAUCCAAACGGAUAUUUAUGGGCUCUAAUUCACUUGAUCUGUCUUGGGGCUUACAAAGUAUUUCACAAGUUGUGGAAACCUGGAUCUUUAAGUGAUCUGGACCAACAGUACAUCAACUAUGUAUUCAGUGUGGUGCUGUUGGCCUCUGCAUCCCAUCCAGCAGGUGAUCUCUUCAGUGCCUUGGAUUUUCCAUUCCUGUACUUCUACAGGUUUCAUAGCAGCUGCUGUGCCAGUGGACUGUUGGGAUUCUUUCUGAUGUUGCACACAGUGAAGCUAAAAAGCAGCACAACCUCGGGGCAAUAUGCAGCCUGGAGUUUCCUUGCAAAGGUUAUCACUGCUAGCUUAUCACCGUUCUUCUUUGUCAUGACUGCCAAUGUACUAACAAUUUCUUGCCUUGUGGUCGGUGGAGUUGGAGAAGCAUUGCUUGUUUACACUGAAAGGACAGGCACAUAAAGAGGAACCAGAUCUCACCAGUUGGAACAGAGCUGACUUGCAGCCUAGAGACACUAUCAUGAAAAAAGUGGCAGCAGGAAUGAAGAAGUGCAACCAAACACGAGGAAAGGGAUCUAUUGUUGUUUUUUUUUAAUUAAGAAAAGAACCUAUGCUAUUAAUAGUGCUGGUAAGGGAGCAGCAUAGUUGGCAGAGAUGGUAAGGAGCCUUUGCCUCAAAGCACAAGACCAACUAUAUCAGAUUGAUGUGGUAAAGAAAAAACUGCACUGUAUCAUGCUGACGGCUCUGUGUGAGCACCACUCAGUAGCAGCUUCUUACACAGGGAGCUAAACUCAGGAAAAGCAGCAUUCCCCACUGGAUGCCCCAGUGGCUUUUUUUUUUUGUUUGAAGCAGACAGCAGGUCAUACCAAACAAUGUAUAAAUUCAGGAUCUGGAAGGAUGGAUUUUGCCUCCAACUGUUCUGUAAGCAGCGAGCUGCCACACACAGGUCUCUGGUCAUGUUGUCUGAACUGGCACAGGGACUGAGGCCAAAGGGCUUGUGGAGAUAAUCCCCUUCUGGAACCGUGGCAGUUUGACAGCCUUUCAGAAAGGGAAAAUCAGCAAUAAAUCUCAAUAUCUGUA